AUGAAGCCCAAGAAGAUCUCGAGGAAAUUGAAAGAAAUCACCGAAGAUGUUAAAUCCAAAAAGAAGAAAGCCUCAAAAGAGGAAGAAAAAUCCAACGACGAUGAUGAAGACGACGACGAUGGAGAGAGUAGUGAUAACAGUAGCGAUGACGACUGUAAUAAUGAUGAUGGUAGUGGUGAUGAAGAAGAAGAUGAAGAAGAAAAAGAUGAAGAAGAUGAGGAUGAGGAAGAUAAUGAUGAUCAAAACGGCGACAAUAGUGAUGAAGAUGAGAAUGUAGAAGAAGAAGAAGAAAAAGAUGAUUGUAAUGCUGAUAGCGAAACUGAUGACGAUUGA